AUGGCUACUCGGAAAGCUGCCAAGACCAAGGCCAAUGGCCCGGCUCACGUUCCCAGUGGACCUUCUCAGGUUCUAGCAGUUGUCUACGGUACGCUUUUGCUGGUGUACCUGCGGUUCAUCUUCUCCGCUGGCAUCACACAUGACCCUGCUAAGGUCAUGACACAGGCACUUCCCGGUCUGCUGCUGUUACAUAUGGGCUACUGCGUUGUUGUGUUGGGUAACAAGCCUGGCCGAAAGAUCGGAACCGAUGUGUCUACUGCUAUGAUUGCUGCUGCGUUGUCAGUGUUCUUCUCGGUAAUCAUCUUCGGCCUUCUCGUGUUGUUUGGAGCUCCUGCUAUCUCCUUGGUCCACAACACGUUCGUCUGUGCCAUGCACAUGUCAAUUCUGGCGGUGCUACCUCUCUUCUUCACAUAUCACCUCGACUCCAAGGUGUGGGCAGACAUCAUCGCUAUGCGACGUCCUCUGGACCACGUCUAUGCAGCGUCCGUGUGUACCCUCAUCGGCGCCUGGCUGGGAGCUAUUCCCAUUCCUUACGACUGGGACCGACCCUGGCAGCAGUGGCCCAUCACAAUUUUGGCUGGUGCCUACCUGGGCUAUUUUGUCGGCACUCUUGGUGGCAUCGCGUUGGAGCUAACCAAGUCUCUGUGUUCGAAGACGAAGAAGACAGAGUAA